GCCCCUGCACGGACUAUUUGACGCGUCCCUAGCAACCAGACGGACAGAGCGGAGUGAUUUCGUAGACAAAUCUCCUAUUUUGGGGCUUCCGGCUGUUGUAAAUAAUCGGAUCAUUUUGCCACUUUUUCUUGCAAUAUGGAUCACAAAUAUAAACCGAUUUAAACGGGUCCGUUUCCUGUCUCUCGACCGGUAUUAAAUCACUUCCGCUGCCGUUGCUGCGACACGGGACGUCAUCAGCUAUGGCGGAAAAGGAGAAGCGCCGGUCCGUGGCUACUCCUCCAGGGAUGCCCGAUGGCAAAGCCACCAAAUCGGACAGCGACAAGGAGUUUCUGUUGCAGGCUGGGGUAGGAGAGCUGCUCCGCGGUGCCAUCCUGAAGAUGGUGGAGGCUAAAUCGGACGAUCCCAUCGGGUUCCUGGCCGACCACUUCUGCAACCUCGCCUCCGUGACAGAGACCGGUACAGCUGGAUGCGGCGAUGGGGAUCAGAUGAACAACGGGUCGCUGAGCGCAGGUGCGCAGGAGCAGCAGCAUCUCAACCGGGCGCUGUGGCACCUGCGGCUGGCGCACCACUCCCAGAGAUCUGCCUUCAGCAACAACGUCCGUGUGGCCUACGACCUUUUGAACCUCACUGGUCCCCGCAGACGUUCAGGUGAGGUCCCUGAAGGCCCUGAUGGCUCCUGUACCGACAGCCCGACAGAAGGAGGAGGAGGAGGAGGAGGAGGAGGAGGAGGAGGAGGAGGAGGGGUGAGAGGAGGCCUCUACACACAGACUCUGCAGUGCCUGUGCAGUGAAGGUGGAGUCCCCGCUUCCACCUCCGCCCCGCUUCUCCGACGCCUCCAUUGCCAAGAUCAUGAGGCCGUCCCUUAUGAUGUCUUCCGUCACGGUGUGCUCACAUGUGCAGUGUUCUCAGACUACAUCCGGCAGGCUCAGAGGCUUUACGCUGAGGUGUGCUGUCCGGAUGACGGGCCUGCAUCGCGGACACUGGGCCUCGCCGUGCUGGGCACCUUAAAGGAAGCCCUGGAGACUUCCCAAGGCUCUGAGGCAAACUGCUGUGUUAACGCCAAUACUAAAGCUAAUCCCUGUCUGGAGGCUAACGUGAAAGCUAUACGUUACCUGGAGGCCAGUGCCAAGAUCUCUCCAUACAAGCUUGGUCAGGCCAUGGCUGGAGCACAGACACGGGGCCCCGGUGGUAAUAUGGACGCAAAGGAGUUUGAGAACGCAGCAGCAGAGCUCUUCAUCACUCGAGUGAAAGUGGUGUCCUAAGUUUCUUGUCUGUUUCCUCCAUAGUUUAUGAAUGUAAAACAAUCUCAAGUGUAUCCUACAGUAAAUAAUGACCUUCUGUGUACCUCCUCUCACCUCUAAUCUACACUCAGAGAUAUUACCUCCUCUCAAGAAUGACACUAAACCCUAUAUUUCCAUUGUUUGGAAGAUAACACUAAUUGUAAAACAUAUUGUUUGAUGUCUGUUAUUGAACUUAAUAAAGUGGAAGAGAUGGGAAAUCGACAUCUGCUGUGUGAAAGACAAGGAGUUCCUUUCAUAGACUAAGGGUAUUCUUCUAGAUCAGUAUUGAUCCUGACAGUUUCCAUUAUUGUUCAGCCUUAGCCGUGAAAUGCUCAGAUUAGAAAGUAACACUUGCAAUAAAAUACAACAACCCUGUGAUAAAUGCUCCGUCCUUGUUGAGAGGGCUGUUGAUUAUGAACUCUGUGUCCUCCUGGAUGCUGUAGUUUGUGAUGUUGUAAUGCAUUAUAAGUGUUUCUAUUGCUCUACAACAGCUGGCAGUUUGACAGGAGCCACUCUCAUAUGCUAUCUGGAUAAAGGC